GUGAUAGCGUGGUUGGGUUUUUGGUAGAACUGAAUCUUGUCCUUAUGUAAACAUUCACUGCAAAUCAAAUCCAAAAGAGCUGUCUUUUUCAGAUGAAAUUCUGUAAUGGGAUAAAAAAAGAUGCUUUUGAAGGUGAUCAUUUAUGUAUCUAUCUCCUUUCCACUCCCAUAUAGAGUAGUGUGGGCUCUAGUGACUAUGAUGUCACACUAACUUUGUCUUAUCUUUCUGUUUCUCCACCUUUCCCCAUCUUAAUGCUUUUCACAAAACACCAAGAGCAUUCUAGACCUCUCGCUCAUCACCCCCUCUCCUUCCCUCCCUCUCUCACACACACGGUGAGACGACCGAGCCACCAUGGCCCGGAACGAAUUAGGCCUACUUCCGGUGAGUAUGUUAGUAUGCAUCUUUCUGCAGCUGCACUUUGCUGAAGCAGCUCCUCAGCUUUCUCUGGUGAGGAGUCUUCCGGGAUUCACAGGAGCAUUCCCUUCAAAACAUUACUCGGGGUAUGUGACACUAGAGGGGAGCCCUCCAAAGAACCUCUUUUACUACUUUGUGGUGUCGGAGAGAAGUCCUGCACGUGAUCCUGUCGUCCUGUGGCUUAAUGGGGGACCCGGGUGCUCGAGCUUUGAUGGCUUUGUCUAUGAACACGGGCCUUUCAACUUCGAAGCAUCAAAAGCCGGGGGCUUGCCGGUUUUGCAUCUCAAUCCAUACAGUUGGUCCAAGGUUGCAAGCAUCAUCUAUCUGGACUCACCGGUUGGCGUUGGAUUCUCGUAUUCUGACAACACGUCGUAUUAUGUAAACGGAGACCUUCAGACUGCGGCUGAAACUCAUCAGUUCCUUCUCAAGUGGUUUGAGGAAUUCAAAGAGUUUAUUACCAAUCCAUUUUACAUUUCUGGGGAGUCUUAUGCUGGCAUUUAUGUCCCAACUCUUGCUUCCCUUGUUUCCAAUGGAAUCAAAAGUGGAACCAAACCAGAGAUUAACUUCAAGGGAUACAUGGUCGGAAACGGGGUCUGCGACUCCCACUUUGAUGGCAACGCACUCGUUCCAUUCGCCCACGGGAUGGGCCUAAUAUCUGAUAUGAUGUACAAGGAAGCUGAGGCCGUCUGCGGAGGAAACUACCACAACCCCCUCAACAUCGAUUGCCAGAACAUACUCUACAAGAUUGACAGUACGUUAGACGGUCUGAACAGGUACGACAUCCUUGAGCCGUGCUUCCACAGAGGCGCGACAAACGACAGCACCACAAGCCUCAUACCAGAGAGCUUCAAGCAGCUUGGGGUAGCUACUGAGAGGCCUCUUGCUGUGAGAAAGAGGAUCUUCGGGCGCGCUUGGCCUUUUCGCGCACCAGUAGCAGACGGAGUCAUCCCGCUGUGGCCUCAGCUGAUGAGAGAGGUCACAGUCCCAUGCAUAGAUGACGUGCAGGCGACUAAAUGGCUGAACGACAAGGGCGUUAGGAAGGCGGUCCAUGCUGAUCCGGAGAGCGGGCAUUGGAGCUUGUGUAAGGAUCUGCACUACACGCAUGAUGCAGGGAGCAUGAUCGCGUACCACAAGAACCUAACGUUGGCUGGAUACCGGGCUCUGAUAUAUAGCGGGGACCAUGAUAUGUGUGUUCCGUUUACCGGAACACAAGCAUGGACUCAAUCACUAGGAUAUGAGAUAGUUGAAGAGUGGAGGCCUUGGAAGUCUAAUGCUCAAAUUGCAGGUUGCAGAUAUGUGCAAGAGUAUGCUAAUGACUUCACUUUCCUCACUGUCAAGGGAGCUGGACAUACUGUGCCUGAAUACAAGCCUAGAGAGUCAUUACAUUUCUUUAGUAGUUGGUUGGAAGGUAAAAAGAUAUAGACAUCAACAAAUCAUCAAAAAACCUAAAUAACAUGUAUUGGGUGAGAUUUUGCUUGCUCUGAUAGUUGUAACAAAAAUGGAAUGAUGUAAAAAUGAGACUCUUCAACUAAUCAAACAUUUCAUUUCAACUCAA